CGCCGUUCGCCCAAAACUGCUCUCCGCCGCCGACCCCAUCACUGCUCCCGUCACCGCUGCUGCCACUAGAGUCGCUUCCCGCCGCCGCCGCUAGUUGUCGUUGCUGUUGACCAGGAGGACGGCGAACCCUUGAUCCGCCGCCAAAAGGAAGAAGAAGACGCAGCACAUCAAAACAAUUUUUUCUUUUUGGUUGGCUUCCUCCCGGCGAUAGCCGAAGUUGGUGUCUAGGCGAUUUUGAACUGGUUUUUUUUUAAUAAAUAUUGUUGAUCCUUGUAAACAUAAUCAAAUAGUGUGAUUUAUUUAGUGUUUGAUGAGCAGAUGAAAGGAAUAAGGCUUCGCCUCUGCUUUCGCUUUCUGGUAAUGGACGACGGUUGUUCUUUUGGUCGACGGCAGCUUAAACCCUCUUGUUCAUAUUAAUUUGAAGGAUAAUUAUAGGCAUUAGAGUAAAUUUAAUAUAAUUAGAACGACGAAUAAAAAUAUUUAGGGCGACGGAUAACAAUCUCUUUGGGUUAUUGUUAGUUUAUUUCCCUUCCUUACUCUCUCUAUCCCUCCCCUGCAAAUGUGCAAAAUCUCUCAUAAGUUUUGGGUCUGUCAAAUUCUGUACUUUUGGUUGAAGAAUGCUUGUCACCUACUCCUUUUAACUUCCCGUCCCCAACAAAAUCUCGUCUCUCUCUCCUUUUUUUCCUUCUUCCAUCUUCUCCUAUCUUGUUUUUAUCUCAGAAGGGAGCUCAUGGAGAGGCACAAAUGCAAGCUCUGUUUCAGAGUGUUCCCCAAUGGAAGAUCCCUAGGUGGCCACAUGAAAUCUCACUUGCCCAAGUUCAGUAUCCCUCCUCCCAAAUCUUCUUCUCCCACUACUCGCCGCCGUCGACCGGACUGCGAUCCGGCAACUGAAUCGUCGUCCUCGAUCUCCUAUACCGAAGAAGAAGAAGAAGAAGAAGAAGAAGACGAGGAGCUGGAAGUGGAGCAGCAAUUUGUCAAGAGCGGAGCAGCUGGGGGGUUCGUCGGUGGCUGCGAUGCGGUUUAUGGGUUAAUAGAGAACCCGACGAAGAGUUUCCGGGUGGCGGAUCCUAACGAAAAGCAAAUGCAGAUUUGGAGAAGAAGCUUAGGUAUCUCUGAGUCUCCCUUCAGCUUUUAUAGCUGGAAUUCAAUUAAACAAACAAAGCCGGCUGUCCUUACAUCAUUCGCUUAAAUUAAAACUAAACAGUAACUUAACGG